GGUCAUACGAAGUCCAAACUUGUUAAGCGUCGGCGAUCGUUGUGAAAGAGUUAGCGCGAGGAUCAUGUCGUCUGCUGGAUACAGUGUGGAAAUUGGAGACGAUAAAAUGAACACGGAUACGACACGUGCUCUACGCGUUGAGAUGAAGCAUGAUGAAACGGAACAGCUUUCUGAAGUACAGUCUCAAGAAGAUAAUGGCGUAGAUAGUAAUGGUGGACUACCCAUAGACCGGGGAUGGGCCUGGGCAAUACUUGGAGGUUGUUUUCUGAAUGCAAUGCUGAUGGCAGGUUACAACAAAUCUAUGGCUUUGUUCUUUGUGGAGUAUUUAGAAAUGUUUGAUGCGUCCACAACCACCACAACUCUCAUAAUGGGAGUCAAAGCAAUGACAAAGAGUCUGAUGUCUCUGUUUACAAUGCACGUUCUGUUGGAGUUUCUGGGGACGAGGAAGACAGUCAUGCUGGGAGGGUUUCUCAGUGUGUCAGCUAUACUCUCAGCCACCUUUGCACCCAGUAUUGAAGUCAUCAUAUGUGUUCAUAGCGUUCUUGCAGGAAUUGGUCAUUCAAUGAUACAUGCACCUGCCAUAGUGUUGGUAGGUAAAUACUUCAAGAAACGCAGAGGUCUCGCUACCACCACCGCCAGUACAGCCAUGAGCUGUGCAUCAGGAUUGUUCCCAAUUUUUUCACAAUAUCUCCUCAAUGAGUACGGUAUCCGUGGAACUUUGUUUAUAUUUGCUGGACUUACAAUGAAUAUGUGGGUAGGAGCAUCCCUAUUUCGCCCUCUAGAAUUUUAUAGAAAGAAAUCCACGAUGGCCAACAAGCUACUCCAAACCAAUGACCAAGUGGGUUUUCAGUCUUGUCCUGGCGUUGGCACAGUACUUCCUGAUCCACAGUCGGAAACAAACAGUUAUGUCACCGGUGACAGACCCAAACCAACACACACAUGCCUGAGGAAUGUGAAAAAAAUCUUAAAUGCAUUUGACUUUACUCUGUUCAAGAAGCCCAUGUUUCUGCUGAUCGUUGGUGUGUGUCAUUUUGCUGUGGUGGUGAAACAAGUUUCAACAUAUCUUCCUGCACGGUUGAACGAAUUGGGAUACAGUCAAUCGGAGGCAGCAUUUUUGUUGCUCAUCUCUGGAGUUCUUGACUUCAUUAGUAGGAUUUUAUAUGGAUUUUUAGCUGAUCUGAAAUAUCUUCGUGUCAGUCAAUUAAUGUCCAUUGGUCUUGUGUUCUCAGGACUGUCAUCUCAGUUUAUUGUGUAUUACACAACAUACCCUUUACUUGUGGCCUACUGUGUUGUGAUUGGCAUCUUCGGAAGUGCAUAUCAGUGCCUCCUACCGGUGAUGGUAGUAGAUUUCAUGGGAGUCGACUACAUGGCAAAAACUAUUGGAUUUACAGCUCUGUUUCAGGGAUUUGCUAUUUCACUAACACACCCCAUCAUAGGAAGUAUUCGCGACGUGAGCGGAUCAUACGUAGCCUGUUUUCAUUAUCUGGGAUUUACUGCAUUCAUUGCUGCGGGACUGUUGCUGUGUGAGCCGGUAGUGAGGCGAUAUGAAUCCAAAAGAAAGGGUCAUACACGAACAGAAAACGAUGAGUCGACAGAGCCACUUAAAUAACCAACUCCUAGCAUAAAUGACCAUUCAGAAAGUAAUAAACUGUUACUUGUAUGUACCAUACUCGUUUAUUA